AUGGUCACAAUUAGAUUUGUUUCUUUCAGUACUCAGAAUACACAACCAAGAACAUAUGCGCGUGUAAAACCGAAAAUCCGCUUAGAGGCCACCUACAGUGCUCUUAGUACUAGCACAGUGACAGCUGAACCUGUGGUUGAACCUUUAGAGAUUAAUUGGCCGCAAGCUGAUCCUGAAAUUGAUUCAUUUCAAUCGAUCGUGGAAGCUGUUCCAAAUAAAUGUUUAUCUGAGAUAUCUGGGUAUUGCAUUGUGGACUUGAAGCAUGUAAUACAGUGGGCAAUGCUUAUGGAAAGACAUCGAAAUAUGUGUGAAUCUUCACAAAUUGAAUUUGUUAGUGAAAGACUUGAUGGAUUUCGAAGUGAUUUAAUUUACAAGUGCAAUAUGUAUGAUAAAGGGUUGGGGCAUUUUACGGAGAGCAGUGAUAAAAUAAAUACUGCAUUUGUGUGGGCAACUGUCACUUCUGGUAGCUUCUACACUCAAGUAGCUCACAUAACAAGUCUUAUGGAUAUUCCAACAAUGUCAGUUAAUAAAUUUCGUCGUAUUGAAAAAAAAAAUUGGCAGUGUGUAGUUCGAACAUUUGAAGGAGGAAAUUAA